GCCAUAGACGCCGCGGACGUAUAGAGCGCCCUUCCGGUGACUUCCCGAACCAACGAUGCCACCGUCUACCACCGGACAGCCGGAUGCGGUCCAUCACUGUGGCCGCGAUGACGCCAAGCCUGGCUCUCUAGCUCCGGUCCAACUGCGGCUUAUUUUCAAUUCUGGUCGGGAAAUUGAUUGUCCAAAAUACUGUCAUACAUCGGCAGCCGCCAGUCGGUAGCCAUGUCCAUGAAACUGGGGAAUAGUUGGCGCUCGCUAGGCAUUGGCACACCCCCCGCGGGGCUCAUGAAGCUCUGCUCACAUACUUUUCUUGGCACGCACUGUUAGUGCGUGCGCAUGCACUACACCAAAAUCGUUAAUAACCCCUUUAUUCACCUACCCCCUAAAUGUUGGCCCUUAACCACUGAGGGCCGGCGACCCCGAG